AUGUGCCAGCUCCAUGUCACCAGCUCCGUUUCACCAGCUCCUGGCUCGGUGAAGUGUCAGGUUCGUGCCAGAGUUUGGGAUGCUGCGGCUUGGCGAGCCCCCAGCAGGGGUUGGUGCUGCCCGGGGGACUGGAGCUGCCUGCGAGGAUGGGGUCGGUGGGAUCCGGGAUGCCCAUCCGUGAGGCUGUGGCAGUUCCCACGGUGGGCUGGGGGCCCUGGCCCGUCCCACGUGUGUGCCCGCCGACCUGGCCGGUUCUCUGAAGCUCCUGGGACUAGGCCGCCGGCGGACGCUCCUCCUCUGCGGGAGGCAGUCAAGGACUCGGGGUGGGGCUUUGCCGAGCGAGAAUCCAGAGUCCGGCCAGCCUGGGGGAGUUGCCAGGGCCGAGCGCCCCGGAGAGGCGAGGCUGCCGCCCACCCGCCUCAGCCAGCAGGGGCCAUGCGAUGCUCUCUGAAACGCUCCCUCACUGUUCUACUCGCUGCCUCCUUCUUCCUCCUUCUCCUCUUCCUCCAGGGAAGCAGCCGGCAGGAACAAGAUCUCCUGGAGGUACAGCUCAGGGGCCUGGCUCCUGACACAAUCCUGCAGCUGCUGCAGCCGGAGGGAGCCCAGCACAUCCUCAGGGACACAGCUGAGCUCUCUGCACUCCGCAACAUCUCCUACCGGCUCCUCGCUGGCUCCCUGGCUCCCCAAAAAAAAUUCCUGGCAGUGGGAAUGGCGUCCGUGCAGAGGCCGCGUGGUUUCUACCUCCUGGCCACGCUCCAGUCCCUCUUCAGCCAGUCCACGGAAGAGGAGCUGCAGGAGAUGGUGGUGGUGGUGCACCUGGCUGACACCAAUCCUGGCUGGAAUGUGCGCGUUGCCGCCACCAUUGCCCAGAAGUUUGCUCGCCACAUCCUCCUGGGCCGGCUCCUGCUCAUCCAUGCUCCCCCUGAGUUCUACCCCACCCUGGAAGGCCUGAAGAGGAACUUCAAUGAUGCAGAGGAGCGGGUGAGGUUCCGCUCCAAGCAGAACGUGGACUAUGCCUUCCUGCUCGCUUUCGCCGCCAACCUCUCCUCCUACUACCUGAUGAUCGAGGACGAUGUGUGGAGCUCCAAGUCCUUCCUGACGGCCAUCCGCAGGGCACUGGCUUCCCAGGAGGGCUCCAACUGGGCCACCCUCGAAUUCUCCAAGCUGGGCUACAUCGGAAAGCUCUACCGCUCCAGUGACCUUCCUCGCCUGGCUCACUUCCUCCUCCUCUUCUACCAGGAAAUGCCCUGUGACUGGCUGCUGGUCCACUUCCGCCAGCUGCUCACCCAGAAAGAUGUGAUCCGCUUCAAGCCAUCCCUCUUCCAGCACAUGGGCCACUACUCCUCCUUCCAGGGCACUGUCAACCGGCUGGAGGAUGAGGAUUUCCAGGCCGAUGCCUUGGACCUCCCGGACAACCCGCCAGCAUCCCUGUACACCAGCAUGUCCAUCUUUGAGAAUUACGAGCCCCUCAAGGCCUACAGCUCGGCACAGGGGUACUUCUGGGGCAAAGACCCAGCAGCUGGCAGUACUUUCUCCAUCGUGUUCCAGCAGCCAGCCCGAGUCAGCCGGGUCCGGGUGCGCACGGGCUCCAUGGAGCGCCCAGGCGAUUUCCUGCACGCAGGGCUGCUGGAGCUGGGCCAGCGCCGGCACCGCAGCCAGGACUGCGCCUCCUACAUCCCUGUGGGCUCCUUCAAGAAGGGGACCCUGGAGCAGCGGGGCCUGGAGCGGGUCCUGCCUGGGCCCGUGGAGUGCGUGAGGAUCCGGGUGACCCAGGACCAGAGCGAGUGGCUCAUCAUCCAGAGCAUUGACAUCUGGACCACAGCGGGCACUUGAGCACAACAUCUGUGGCAGGAUGUCGAAGCAGCUGGAUUUGGUUCUAAGAGGUCCUUUAUUUUUCACACUGCCUUUUGGAUAAGAAAUUUAAAUUAUUGACUCUCAUUGCCCCAUGUCUGGAGAGAUGGGAACCACUGCUAAGGCUAAGCAGUAGAAAACCUUUCUUCCCAGGAAGGAUGAUGUACAGGACGAAACUGGUCAGCUAAUUAACAAACCAAAUAAUUAA